UUGCUCAUACCCAUAUACUGCGUUAAGGAUUUAUGGGUAUUUACGUUCAGGGUAGCUCAACAAGAGCGCCACUACCAUCCGCAGCGAACAUUCGUUGUGCGAGCCAAUCCCCAACAAGUGGUCUACGCUACUCCUGCUUCUCCUGUUGCUUACGCAGCACCUACUGUCUACUCUGCUUCUGUAUAUCCAUCUGCACAACCGUACAUCCAAAGUCAACAGCCGUAUAACAUCGCAACUGCACCUUCAUUACCCCCUUCACAGCCGUACUUCGAUCAGCCUGCGACUUCACAGCAAACCUUUCCUCCUCUAUCAACAGCUCAACCACCACCUGACUAUGAAAGGGUAGUAAAACAAGAAGAAUAA